AUGCAAGGCUUCAAUAUGGGACGAUAUGUCCCGCCGGAUCAAGAAGGCAUCACCUCCGCAAAUAAGCUGGCCGGCAAACACCCCCUCGGUGCACGCGCGCGCCACCUACACACAACCGGUGCUCUGAUCGUACGCUUCGAGGUUCCCUUCGCAAUAUGGUGCACAACAUGCAAGCCGCAUGAGACAAUAAUCGGCCAAGGCGUGCGCUUCAACGCCGAGAAGAAGAAAAUCGGAAAUUAUUACUCUACACCGAUCUACAGCUUUCGCAUGAAACACAUUCCAUGCGGUGGGUGGAUUGAGAUUCGCACAGAUCCGCAAAACACGGCAUAUGUCGUUCACGAGGGUGGGCGGAAACGAGAUACCGGCGACGACAAACCAUUGCAGCCUGGGGAGAUUGCGAUUCGUGCUCCGGGCUUGGGGCCGGACCCUGCGGAGAAGGAUCCAUUUGCGAAGAUUGAGGGGAAGACGGAGGAUAAGCGGAAGGCGAGCGCGGAGGCGAGUCGGAUUCGGGAGUUGCAGGAGAGACAGGAUCGGGAUUGGGAUGAUCCCUAUGCGCAAUCGAAAAGGCUGAGACGGACGUUUCGGGCGGAGAGAAAGGGGCUGGAAAAGUUGGAGACGAAUCGCGAGGCUUUGAAAGAUAAGAUGAGUCUGGGUAUUGAUCUGGUCGAUGAGACGGAGGAGGAUCGACGGCGAGCUGGGAUGGUGGAUUUUGGUGAUGACCAGGCUAUUGCUGGAAUUGAGGCUGCGCGGGCUAACCGCCGACGUCCUAUGUUUGAGCAACCAACCAAGAGUACGGUUGAAGCCGAAGAGCGAGCGCGUGAGAGGAAAAAGGGCAGUACUCGGCGGACCAAGGCUGCUGAGCUUGCUCAACACAAGCUUUCCUUGCGCAAAGAGCUGGCUGGGAACACACGCGCCGUAAUUGAUCCUUUCUUGAAAGACGCCAGUGAUGAUCCAAGUACCUGGAAACCGACUACUAAACGAAAGAAGCCCGUCUCGUUGAUUCCUGCUCUUCGUGGCGAGACUGAGAAUAGUGAUACGACUGACUCAUCGGCCAAAAACAUACCAAUCUCCAUGCCAGAAAAGCUUCCAGAAAAUGGCAAAAAGGCGUCCGCUGUGCAACCGCUAGCACUGGUGGAUUAUGGGUCUGAUUCAGAAUAG